CUGUCCCUUUGGAUUCAUCCUUCAUCCAUCUACCCCCCUCCCUCGCAACAUGUGGAACUCCCGCAAGGUGGGAAUCCUCGGUGGAGGCCAAUUGGGCCGCAUGCUGGUCGAGGAGGCCAACCGCCUCAACAUCCAGUGCAACGUCCUCGAUGCGGAGAACUCCCCGGCCAAGCAGCUCAGCGCUCACGACGACCAUGUCACCGGCUCCUUCAAGGAGCGCGAGGCCGUCCGCGAACUGGCCAAGUCCUGCGACGUGAUCACCGCCGAGAUCGAGCACGUCGACACCUACGCCCUGGAGGAAAUCGCCUCCCAGGUCCGCAUCGAGCCCAGCUGGCAGGCCAUUCGCACCAUCCAGAACAAGUUCAACCAGAAGGAGCACCUGCGGAAAUAUGGCAUCCCCAUGGCCGACCACCGCGAGCUGAUCGAGAACACCCCGGAGGAAUUGGCCAAGGUUGGCGAGCAGCUGGGGUACCCCAUGAUGCUGAAGUCAAAGACCAUGGCCUACGAUGGACGUGGAAACUUCCGCGUGCAAACGAAAGAGGAUAUCCCUGAGGCCCUGGAGGCUCUCAAGGAUCGGCCUCUAUACGCCGAGAAAUGGGCCUACUUCAAGAUGGAACUGGCCGUGAUGGUCAUCCAAACCAAAGACGAAGUCCUCUCCUACCCUACCGUCGAAACCGUCCAAGAAGACUCUGUCUGCAAGCUCGUCUACGCCCCGGCGCGCAACGUCUCCGACUCCAUCAACCAACAAGCGCAAGAGCUCGCGCGUAAAGCCGUCGCCGCGUUCGACGGCAAGGGCGCCUUCGGCGUGGAGAUGUUCCUCCUGGAAGACGACAGCCUGAUCCUCUGCGAGAUUGCCAGCCGCAUCCACAACUCGGGCCACUACACGAUCGAAGGCUGCGCCAUGUCGCAAUUCGAAGCCCACCUCCGCGCCAUCCUCGACCUCCCCAUCCCCCCUCAGAGCCUCGAGAUCCGCCAACCCUCCAUCAUGCUCAACAUCAUCGGCGGCGCCGCCCCAGACACCCACCUCCAGGCCGCCGAGAGCGCCCUCUCCAUCCCCAACGCCAGCAUCCACCUCUACAGCAAGGGCGCCGCCAAACCCGGCCGCAAGAUGGGCCACGUCACCGUCACCGCGGCCACCAUGCACCAGGCCGAAACCCACAUCCAGCCCCUCGUCGAUGUCGUCGACAAUAUCCGCUCCCAGCGCUCCGACGUCAAGACCAAGCCCCAGGAGUCCGGGCCCUCCAAGCCCGCCCCCUCCGUCGCCGUCAUCAUGGGCUCAGACAGCGAUCUCAAGACCCUGGUCCCCGGCCUCAAGCUCCUGAGGGAUUACUUUGGCCUUGACCCCGCCGUCGAGAUCACCUCCGCCCAUCGCACCCCGACUUACAUGGCCGAGUACUCGGCCACCGCCGCCGCCCGCGGCAUCAAGGUCAUCAUCGCUGCCGCUGGCGGUGCGGCCCAUCUCCCCGGUAUGGCGGCUGCUCAUACCGCUCUCCCUGUCAUCGGAGUCCCGGUGAAGGGCAGCUCCUUGGACGGAGUCGACAGUCUGUACAGUAUUGUGCAGAUGCCUAGGGGCGUUCCCGUCGCCACCGUCGGCAUCAACAACAGCAUCAACGCGGCCCUCCUCGCGGCCCGUAUCCUCGGGUCCUUCGACCCGGCCAUCCAGCGCAAGGUCGAGGCGUACGCUGAGAGCGCCCGUGCCGAGAACAUGGAACUCAAGGGCACCAAGCUGCAGGAACUGGGGUGGGAGAAGUAUUUCGCGCAGAUGUAAAAGCGGUUUGUCAUACAUGCUAUACAUGCCAUGACAUGACUUGUGCUAUGUGCUAUGUGAUGUGCUAUUUGAUGUGAUUUGAUGUGAAUGAAUGAAUGGGAUCAAAACGGAAUACUCAACAAGACAAAGCAAAACAAAACAAAACAGACAAACUGGCUACGUGAAAGGGAAGGAAAGGAAGUACAUAUAGAAUCUAGAGGCAGGUUUCAAUAUAAG